AUGCCAACAAUAGACAUACAAACAAGGGAUAAAUCAGACAUAUUAAGCAACAAUGAUGAUCAUAAAUCAAUUAAACGUCAAGAUGAUAUAAUGCAUAAAAAUCCCAAUAAGAUUAGAAUCCUACAAUGGAAUAUAAGAGGAAUGAAAAAUAAUUUUCCAGAACUACAGAUCUUAAUCUCCAAAUAUAAUCCUCAAAUCAUAUACUUGCAAGAAACUAAGGUUACUGAUGACAAGCAAAUAAAUUUGAAAAACUUCAAGGCUUACCAUAAAUCAGCCAUACCAACAAAAACAAACCCAUCGGCAGGAACAUCAAUUUACAUCCAUCACGAUAUAACACAAUCUCCAGUUAAAAUAGAAACUAAUAAUCAUUUUAUAGCAACAAGAAUAACAAUCCACAAUAAAUCCAUAACAAUAUGCAAUGGGUAUAUAAAACCAAACUCAUUGAUCAAAUCACAAGAGUUAAAACAUUUAAUUAAACAAAUCCCUAAACCAUUCAUAUUAUUGGGAGAUUUCAAUGCUCACAACAAAAUCUGGGAAUGCUCAACUUCCAAUGCUCAAGGAAUACACCUAGAAAAAACAAUAAUAGAAAGCGAUUUCUGCCUAAUCAAACCAACAAAAGCAACAAUGUAUCAUGAUCAUACAAAUACUUCAUCAACAAUAGAUCUAGCCAUGACCACUCCAGCCAUUUUAGAAUGGGAUGCAGAAGACGAUUUACAUGGCAGUGACCAUUAUCCAAUAAUUUUAUCCAUCAAAAAUAUAAGAAAUUAUGAUUUGAAAAGAAUAAAUUACAAUAAAACAGAUUGGACUGCAUUUAAAACCAUGACAGAGGAAAGAAUGAAAAAUUUUAACACAAUUGAUGAUGAAUCAAUGAACAAAUGGAUAAGGAUUAUAACAACAAUCAUAGACCAGAUUACACCAGUGAUAACAAUCUUUUUAGACAUAGAAAAAGCUUAUGAUAAAGCCUGGAGGUAUGGAAUUACUAGAGUACUACAUCAAGCAGGAUUAAGAGGAAACCUACCCAAAUUUAUUCAAAACUUUUUAAUAAACCGAUUCUUUCAGAUUCAUUAUCUGCAAUCUCUGCACUUAAUCAAUAAAGCCCUCAACAUAAUCUGA